ACAGAUUACAUUCUACUGUCAACAGAUCGAACUAACCUAAUCAAUUCUGGUCCUAUUUUAAUUAAGAAUUAAAAUGGUAUUCACUUCAUUAGUAAAUUAUAUAAGAUCUAGAGGCCCUGAUGAGUUCUGGAGAAAGCGAAAAAUUUUCAAACUAGCUGCUCAUUAUGUUGGAAGACGACGAAAUUGCUAUAGUAUUGCUAUAAGAAACGUUCAUCGUGCCUUGGUAUAUUCUACUAAAGGAAGAAAACUCAAAAAGUUAGAUAUGGGGGACCUAUGGGAUACUAGAGUACGUGCAGGAUGUGAAGAACAUGGCAUUGAUUAUUAUACAUUCAGAGAAAGUUUAGCAAGGGAGAACAUAAUGCUCAAUAGAAAAGCUUUAUCUGAGUUAGCUUGUUGGGAACCAUAUACUUUCCAAUCGCUGGCCGAAAUUGCAAAACAAAGAGCAGCAAAUGAUGGCCUCAACUGUUUGAAUAGGCUUGAAAAUCGAGAUCGAAUUGUUAGCAGAAUGUUGAAAAAUAAAAAAUGACAUUUUUCAAUUUUUAUAGUGUAAAAGAGCUUUGCAAUAGUAAUAAUAAAUAUAACAUUUGAAUGAUUA